UGGGGAGCAUGUUCUACAACAUGUGGAGAUGGAGACCAAACUCGUACAAGAGCAUGUGACAACCCAGCUCCAGCUAAUGGAGGAAGCGAAUGUAGUCCAAGUGAUCUGACAGCUACACAGUCUUGCAAUGAUGGGGAUUGCCCCGUAACUUGCAAUGAAGGUGUAAGUAUCCCAUGGAACGAUGGACUCAGCUGUAUCUGUCCCCCACACAAAACUGGCCUACAAUGCGAAGAAGAUGUUGUUGGAGCUCCAAGCUGCUCAUGUUCAUGGCCAGAAACCAAUGAUCCAUGUGCUCAAAAUCCAUGCCUUGGUGACUCGAUUUGUGUCAACACAUUCGGUAAUAAUUAUAGAUGUCUCUGUCCAGCUGGCUCUUCUGGGGAACAAUGCGAACAGGGUACAUUUUGCUUCCGGUGCU